AUGUUUUCCUCGUCGAAUACUUUCCUCGGGGGUGGUGCCAGUGGCCGUCCUGGCCAGGCACCAUUCAUGCAGCAGCAGCAGCAGCAACAACAACCUUACUCGCAAUUCCCCCAGGGCCAACAACAGCCCUCAAUUCAACAGCCCCAACCUACUGGCUUCGCUUCGCAACCCACCGGAUUCGCCGGACAGGCCUCGCCAUUCGGAAACCAGCAGCUACAACCCCAAGCCACCGGGUUCCCCGCGGGACAACUCCAGCCUCAAGCGACCGGCUUCUCUGGAGGUCAACUUCAGCCCCAAUACACUGGCUUCCCCGGCGCUGCGCCCCAGCAGCCGCAACAACCGCAACAGCAGCAAGCGCAGAGUUUCCAACCUCAGUUCACUGGAUACACCCCUCAGACUCAGGCGCAGGCGCCGCCUCCGGUACCCCAGAUCCCGCAGCGUUUCAAGACCUCAACUGAGAUCGCGAACUCUUUUCAAGAUGCCGGCGCCGGUGCGCCUCCACAGGUGCCGCCCAAGACUGGAUCUAAGAUUCCUAGUAUUCGGCUCUCCUUUAUUACUGCCCAAGAUCAGGCCAAGUUUGAGCAGCUCUUCAAGUCUGCCGUUGGCGACAGCAAGACAAUGGAUGGCGACAAGGCGAGAGACCUCCUAAUGCGCUCGAAGCUGACAGGCGCCGAUCUUUCUAAGAUCUGGGUUUUGUCUGAUUCCACCAAGUCCGGACAGUUGUUCUUCCCCGAGUUCGCAUUGGCUAUGUAUCUGUGCAACAUUCGUCUCACCGGCCGCGAACUCCCUCCUUCCUUACCCGAAACAGUCAAGAAUGAGGUUUCUAGUAUGGUGGAUAUCAUCUCCUUCGAUGUCCCGGACACCCAGCCGGAGCCGCCCCAGCAGCGAACGAACGUCCCUAACUUCGACACUCCUCUUAUGGAGAACAACUCGACCCCCCCGAUUGUUCAACAGCCCGUGCCGCAACAGCCUAAUAAUGCCCAGCUCCUGUCGCAGCUGACCGCGCAGCCCACUGGAUUCUUCCCCCAGCAAACUGGUAUCCAGCAACCACAACCUACAGGAUUCCCCGGCCAGAACCAGUCUCAAUUCCUUCAGCCUCAGCAGACGGGAUUCAUGACCAACCCGCAGGCAACUGGUUAUACUGGCCCGCGGCCUCCAAUGCCGCCCAUGCCUACUGGUUUCGGCUCGAACCUGAGCCCGGCUCAGACCGGUGGAAUAGGUCUGACAGCUCAGCCUACUGGGCUGACCGCUCAACCUACCGGUAUGCCGGGUCAAUGGGGUUUCAUCAACACUCCUUCCCAGGGUCUGCCUAACAUCGAUGCCAUGAAGCAGCAGCUUAUGCCACAGCCUGGCCGCGAAGGCGGAUUUAGCGCAGCUGCUCUUUCAGGUAAUGCUACCGUUGCCUGGGCUAUCACCAAGGAAGAGAAGAAGAUUUACGAUGAUCUCUUCCGCGCAUGGGAUGGAUUGCGCAAGGGUUUUGUCAGUGGUGAGACGGCUAUUGAGAUUAUGGGCCAGAGUGGUUUGAACCGCAAGGAUCUGGAGCGCAUCUGGACUCUAGCGGACCCGCAUAACCGCGGCCGCCUCAACAUGGAUGAGUUCGCUGUGGCCAUGCACAUGAUCUACCGUGCUCUUAACGGAUAUCCUGUUCCCAGCCGCCUGCCUCCUGAACUUGUUCCCCCAUCCACAAGACACUUGAACGAUUCCAUUGGUACUGUUAAGUCGCUCCUCUCACAGGAUGCUGAGAACCGCAAGGCAACUGGAGCGUUCCUCCAGCCGCAGAAGACUGGUGUCAGUUAUCUCAAGGAUCAUUCUUUCCGCGGUGGUGGUAGUAACUCCCCCGGAGCCCGCAAGGAUGCUACUAUGUUCAAGAACAAUGACGCCGCUGGUGGUUACCGUUCCAGUGCUCGUCGUCGCGUUGGCAAUGAUGCUCGUACUCCUUCCCCUGCCGCUUCAGGAGCUUCCGACGAGGAUUACUCCGUUGAGCAGUUGAAUAAAAAGAUCCGCGAGACCAAGAUUAUGCUUGACGCCGUCGACUUCCAGGACGAGAAUCGGGCUGAGGAUGAUGAUGCUCUUGACCGCCAGGAUCGUCGCGAGGCAGAAAGCCUCAUGGACCGUAUCCGCCGUGUGCAAGAUGAUCUUGAUACCCACCCCAAUGCCGCGCUCCGCCAAUUGGACAGUGGAGCCGAGCGUAGGUCCCUUCGUCGCCAGCUGCAGUCCUACGAGGAUCAAGUUCCUCAGGUUGCAUCUGAUGUGCGCCGUCUUGAGCGUGAGAUUGCCGACGCAAAGCUCGAGCUCUUCCGUCUCAAGGACGCCAAAGCUCACCCCGGUGGUGCCUCGAACAUCAUUGGAACCGGCCCUGGUGGUACUGUGACCGAGGCAGACCGGAUUAAGGCCCGUGCUCGUGCUCGCAUGCAAGCCCGGGCUGCUGAGCUUGCUGGACGCCCUGCGCCUGCCUCGGAGGAUGACGAUGGCCAGGCUGCCCGUCGACUGGAGUCUGAGAGCUCCAACGUGAAGGCUGAGCGGGAGCGCAAUGACACUAUGACUCGUGAUGUCGAGGAGAGUGUGCGCGACUUCGCCCGCAGUUUGGAAGACAGCCUUCGUGACCAGGGUAGCAACUCUACCCGUGAGCAUGAGAAGCGUCGCUGGGAGGAUGCCCUGGGCGUUGAAGACAUCACCCGCGACUUCAUCUAUGACUUGAGCCGUAACUCUCGUACUGCUCAUGUUCGCAAAGAGGAGCGGUCGAGACCUUCACCUGAAGUGCAGAGCCGCGCAUCCCCAGCGGCUGAAUCUCCUGCUGCCCGACCUUCCAUGCCUGCGUCCGUUGAGUCGUCAGGCUCCCUCCCAGGUAACACACACGAGGACCGUGUGGCUGCUGCUAGGGAGCGUGCGCAGAAGCGAAUUGCUGAGCGCAUGGCCGCUGCUGGUUUAAAACCAAGUGACGCCAGUGAGACUCUUGUGCAACGCCAGGAGCGUGAGAAGAAGGAGCGCGAGGACCGUGUCAAGCGGGCCGAGGAAGAAGAUGCCAAGCGCGAGCAGGAGAGACAGCGUCGCCUUGCUGAUGAACGCGAUAGUGCCGGUCAGGCUGAUGCCAAGAAGGCGGACGACGCCAAACUGGAACAGGCUGCUCGUGAGCAGGCUAUCAAGGAAGAGCAGGAGGCACAGGAGGCCGAGACCAAGCGUCUUGAGGGCGAAGCCAACGAGCGUGAAUUGGAAUUCCAGAAGGAGAAAGAUGCCCAGGCUGCUCGUCUUCAGGCUCUUGAGGAGCAAGUCCGCCAGGGCAAGAUCAAGAAGCAGGAAGAGAAGCGCCGCAGGGAAGAAGCUAGUCGACAGGCCAAGGAACAAGAGUCUAGCCUUGCAGCUCAGCGCGCCGAACUCGAAGCAGCCAAGGAGCGUGAGCGACAGCUCCAGCGUGAGCUCGAGGGCCUUGAUGAUGAGGACAGCUCAUCCGAUGAUGAAGGCCCUGCCGAUAUCACUCCUCAACACAGCACACCGACGCAGAGCCAGGUUCUCUCCGCUCCUCCCCCAGUGCCCACGAUCGCUAUCCCCGAACUCCCAGCGGCACCUGAACCCGAGAAUGUACCCAACCCCGAGGCCAGCUCGCCCGAAAGCAGUCGUGGUGUGCCUGCAGCUACCCCCGAUGCCGAGUCAAAGAACCCCUACUUCAAGAACAUGGGCCAGCCCUCCGCCGACUCCGCCGUGACCUCACCGCCAGCCAGCGCUCAGUCUACGAACCCCUUCCACCGCAUGUCCAUGCAACAACAGCAAGAACCCACCAAGCCUUCUUUCCACGGUGCAGCUCCCCUGGAACGCAAGACCCGCGCACGCCCCGAGGAUGACGACGACUGGUCCAACGCCGGUUCCGAGUUCGACUCCUCAGAUGACGAGGACGAGGACCGUCCCGGCGGCGGCAGUGCCAAGCAGCUCGCCAGUAUCCUGUUUGGUACAAUGGCACCCCCGCGUCCCCUGAGUGCCAUGGACGAAGACAAGUCUGCCUCUAAGUCCGCCACCCCGGUGCAAGACAGCCCUGUCGCUCCCCCUCCCCCUCCCCCAACUACCUUGCCCCCUGUCCCGGCUAUCCCAAGCCCAAGUGAUGAUAUUUCAUCGCCUGCCCCGCCAGCUGGUGCUCCUCCCCCACCUCCGCCCCCUCCCCCUCCCCCAGGCGCAGGCGCCCUUGGCAUUCCCCCGCCCCCGCCUCCUGGCGGAGCCCCCGCCGCUCCUCCUCCAGCCCCUCCAGCAGCCGGUAUCCCCCCUCCUCCUCCUCCAGCAGCUGGCGGUGGCGGCGCUGGCCGUGGUGCUCUCCUCGCUUCUAUUCAGCAGGGUAUGUCCCUGAAGAAGACCCAGGUGAACGACCGCAGCACCAGCUCGUCGGCUGGUCGUGUGCUGUGA